AUGGAAGUUGAAGAAUCUUUAAUUAAAAAGUUCCAUCAUCUGCUAAAACGAGUUUUUACAGAAAAUUGCAGCCUUGAUGAUGAAGAGGUCACCGAAGAAGAAUUAGUUACAUUAGAGAAACUCCGGCCAAUAGAAGUCUAUGAAAACUUUAAAGCAACCGUUCUGAAUUUAUUAGACUUUAAGCAGAAAGUCAGAAAAUCUGAAAUAUCUGAUCUGUUAUUAGAAAAUGAAAAGCUGGAACUUUUAUUACAAAAAUCAGAAGCAGAAAUCAGGACUCAUUUCAGCAAUGAAAAUCAGCUUAAAAUCUAUAUAGAAAUCUACCAAGGAAAAAUUGAAGACCUAGAAAAACAAAUGAAUGAAUACAUAAAAAGCAUAAAAGAGCAAGAAAAAAACCUAAAAGACAAAGAAUCACAAAUCAGGCACUUAAAAAAAAAGAGCAGGCUCAGUAUGAAUGAAAACGAGCUAGAUUUUAAAUUAAGAUCAAUAGAAGACCAAUUUAAAGAAGAAAUUUAUAAGACAGUUGAGCAGCACAAUAAAGAUAGCCAGGAAGAUUUUGACACAAAUAAGCCAGAAUUCAAAACUUUUGACUGGAGAAAACAGAGAAAGCUGGAUUUAAAGCAGAAAAUAACAGUAGAAGAGUCAGUCAAAGCAAAACCGAUUCUUGAUGAUAAAAAUAAAGAUAACGGGAAAACAAAAAUCAUGCUAUUUAAAGAUGAAGAAAAAUCACAAGGGAGAAAUUCUGCUAGCAAAGCUGAUGUAAAAUUGAUUGACGUGAAAAGAAAUUUCCAAGCUAAAAGGGACAAUAAAGAUGUAUUAUUUUGUCUAUAAAUACGAAAUAAAAAUUACUAGUAUUUGGUAUAUGAGACUCAUAGAGAGCUGUAUAAAUAGGAGAUCUGCAUCAAGCUUAUUUGAAAUUCUCAAAAAAUCAAGCUGCUCCAACACCUCCCCCAGAAAAGACAAAAAAAAAGACAUCAGCAGCAAAAAGAAACUUUACAAUAUUGGGCACAUAAGAAGCAGCUCAGACCUGCUGAGAUCUGAGUCAUUAGCUAAAAAGCUGUAUCACGCCAACAAAUUAACAGACCGUUAA